CUGAGACAAGGGGCUUUGUCCUACAUUCACCACACAAUAUAGUAUCCCAAUAAUGAAAAUAUUUUUUUCCACUCAGGGCAGAUUGUUUCAUUCCACUCUGCCUCAAGGAGCUGUGCCUGACGGUUUCUCCGUGGGCAUACAAAGUGCAAAUUUGGGCUUCAACACAGCCUGGGAAGCCAUGGACAAGUGUGGCUUGUGCUGGCCACGGGCACACUUAAGUUCCUGGGAGAUUCAUCCCGACUUCAUCAGAAAAGGUGCCAUGGUCAGAUAGUGCUGCCAUGGCCACACAUAUGUGCCCAGGGGCAAAACCGCACGUGAACCAGAGCUAAGGCUGUUUUAAUCGUUCAGUUGCAUUUUGCAUCCUUUUAGAAAUUUUCAGAGUAAAACCCAAAGUUGGCUCAGAUGUCAGGAGCGAUUGUUGCGCAGGUACAGUCAUUUAUCUUCUCCAGCACAGCCACUACUGAGAUUAACCCCCACCGCAGCAAAAUGCCUCUCACACAUCGAAAAAAAAGAAAAAAAAGAAAAAAAAAAAAAGAAAGAACACGCAUUUUUACUAACCCUAAGAGAAAAAAAAGAAAAAAAAACCCCAGACCUCACGGUGCUUUUAUAACGUGAGCGAAUCCCGAGAGGCACUCACACGGCCGAGGAGCCCGAGAGACGGGCAGGGAGGCUCCGCGCCCGCCGCCCCCCCAGCAUUGGGCAAGAGGAGGAGGAGGAGGAAGAAGAGGAGGAGGCGGCGGCGGCACCGCCGCUCCCAGGGAGACAGUGAGAGAUCGCGAGGCACCACGGAAAUGGCUGUUGCAGAGGCUGUCUUCCCACCCGCCAACCUCACCUCUGGCAACCAGAGCAGCUGCAACGUGCACAACCACCACUCCUCCACCAAAGUCAUCUUCUCCCUUUUCUACACUGUCCUGCUGGUGUUUGGCGCCUGUGGGAACAUCCUGGCCCUCUGCAUCACCUUCCAGCGCAGGAAGAAGAAACUCAACUCCACUGACCUCUACCUGGUGAACCUGGCCCUCUCUGAUGCCCUCUUCACCCUGGCACUGCCAGGCAGGAUCGCCUACUACAUCCUGGAGUUCGACUGGCCCUUCGGGGACUGGUUCUGCCGGGCCACAGCCUUCAUCUUCUACAUGAACACCUAUGUGGGCAUCUACUUCAUGACCUGCGUGAGUGUGGACCGCUACAUCGCCGUGGUACGCACCAGGCACCCCGGCAGGAUCCGCAAGAUGAGCCGUGCCAGGGGCGUCUGCGUCCUCAUCUGGUCCUUGGUUUUCCUGCAGACGGCACCGCUGCUUCUGCGGCCCAUGACUCGGAGGAUGGGGGACAAGUUGACUUGCAUGGAGUAUUUCAACUUUGAGGAGAUUCCCAAGCUGCCCUACCUGCUCCUGGGGGCCUGCGUGCUCGGCUUCUUCCUGCCUGUGGGCAUCAUCUUGGUGUGCUAUGUGAGGAUCAACCUCAAGCUCUGCCAGACGGCCAAGGAGAAUCCGCUGACAGUGAAGAAUGGGCACCACCGCCGAGCCUUCACUGUCAUCCUGGUGGUGCUGCUGGCCGUCCUGCUCUGUUUCAGUCCCUACCACCUCAACAUCGUCCAGUUCAUGGUCAGGAAGAUCCUCUACCACCCAUCCUGCCGCGAACAGCAAGCCUUCAAGAUGUCCCUGCAAGUCACUGUGGCAUUCAUGAACCUCAACUGCUGCAUCGACCCCAUCAUCUACUUCUUUGCCUUCCGGGGCUACAAGCGGAGGCUGCUCCGCAUCUUCAGGAACAGCGGCUCGAUGGGCACCUCCUCCACUGCCAAGACCCACUCCGAGAGCAACAGCAACAGCCAGCCACCCGGCUCCGUCUCUGUCUAGUGGUGAAACCCUCUCCCUUUUGCUCUGGCGUGCAGCUUAUGGACCAUCCCUGCUGGCAGGAGCAGGAGCCGGGCAGCAGAGCAGGAGAGCAGGACCAGCCCCUGUCAGGCUUCAUCACUCCCCCACCUGGAGCUGGGGGCUCCCACAAAGCCAGCCCUGCUGGGACACACCCCUGCCUGGCUCCACACACCUGGCUCUGUGCUCAGCACUGCUGGACACAUGCUGGACACAGCACUGCUCCAGCACAUCCUGGAGCACAGAGAUGUCCGCUUUCAUCCCAACCCCAGCGGAGGCAGCUUGUGCAACCCUUCUGCCUGGCAAACACAGUUGGAGGUUUCCCAGCACCACACCAUGCUGCCCUCCCAUGCCUGCCCCGCAUCCCCUGUGAGGCUGGAGGGUGCUGGUAACUACCACAGCUGUCCCUGCCUCUCCACUCCCUUCCCCUGCACUGCCCCUGGAGCGCCGGGGCAGCUUCCCCACAAGGUUCAGGGCAGCCGGCAUAGAGCACACAGACUCAGGGCAUUUCAGGAAAAGACUGGGAUGUUAUUUCCAUGCCGAAAGUCUCUGACAGCUCCUUCCCCGCAUGGACAAAGAGCAGCUCUGCUCUCUCCCCACCCAGCAUCCCACUCUUGCACCACAGCGUUGCACGGGGCGAGCAGUAAGUACGAUGUGCAUGGGAGCUGCCGGAAAAACCCUUCUUCAAAGGAGAGGGGCGAGGCUGUGAAUCUGCAGAGCUUCCAGGAGUGCUGCCGCCCUCGUCUGUCGCUUGGGCGGCUGCUCCUUCCUCAGGGUGCCCUUCCUCGCAGCUCACGUGCUGUGGUCACCCCAGGAUUCGCUGCCAGGAAGGGGAUGCUGGGGCUGGCCUGGCUCCCAGCUUGGCUGUAUGGCUGCAAACCUGCCCCGUGGGUGCUCACUGGGGAAACCUUCCCACCCCUCUGUGACCUGAAGGGAGCGAAGGAAACAAGCGGAUGAGGACUGAGGGUGGCCCUAUGUUACCCUGACUGACCUCUGCUUGAACCUGACACCCUGAGGAGUCUGAGACCCUUGCUAAGGGCAGGUUAUGUGUGACUAUUGCCAGAACGGGAGGAGGAACCUUGAGACAUCGGGUCCCCGUCGACAUCCGAGCCUGUGGGGAGAAAGGACCUCCUCGGCUCUUUUCUGAAGUUGCUGGACUACAAUAAAAAAACCCCACAAACCACAAGUGGGAUUUCACAGGCCCUGGGACAGCUGGUCUCCUGUUUGAGGUUGGCAGAGACAGAGACACGUGCAGAAAGAGGGAAAAAAAGCAGCUUUGUUUUGCUGAAAAGUAAACCUGAAGACGUUUCAUUAAUGGAUGCUUUUGAUUAAUGCAAAUCAUUCUUUAAGGUAAUAACAUUUCUUUGUGGCUAGAAAGUUAAUAAUAGUCAUGUGCAGCCCUUUAUUUUUUAAAUGCGCACGAAUGAGCUUUUGGAUGAUGAUGGUUUUAGAUGGUUUUACUUAACGGUACGGGCAACUGUAGCAUCCUGAAGGCUGACUAAGAAGGAUGCCUAAAAUAAUUCAGGUGGGAAAAGGACUCUAGUAGCUCCUUUCAGAAGGCUAUCUGAGCCCCCCUCAAAGCAGGUCUAACCUCACUGCUAGCCUGCAGAGAGCCUGUUGCAAUGGGCAAGGAAGAGCUGGUAUGGAAUAAAAUGAGGAUAUAAAUGGUCUGAACACCCUAAAGGAGCCUGUCUGGGUUGGUAGUUGCCAUAGAGCUAUGCUGCCCUGUUAACUUGUCAAAGAAGUGUUGGCUGCACGGGACCUCUCGGCAUCACCUCAUCCAACAGCCAAAGCAGGAGCAUGGCUGGCAUCAUGUUGUGUUUGCCAUGGCUUGGAAACCUCAGGCAAUGAGGCUCCCCUUGCUGAAGUAGUGGUUCCUGUGCUGCAUCCCCCUCCGGAUGAAAACGUUUUCCCCACUGUCCAGUCUGAAGCUCCCCAUCCACAGCUGGUGGCCAUCAUCCCUAGCAUCACCUACUCAUGCUAAGGAGAGCUCGGCUCUCUCAUCUUUCUAACUCAAAUUCCCGUAUGAUUGUGGCAGGGGCUGCCAGGAGAGCAGUGGUACGUAGGUGUCGGUCUCAACGAGCCCCCCACAUGAACAUCAGAGCGCAGGUCUGCAGCAGGGGCCACCCCUCCUUCUCAAGACCAAGGCAUUGAGGUGUUUUGCUAGGCUGGAGCCACAGCUAAGGCAAAGGCAUAUCUGUGACGAAGCCUCAGCAAGAGGUGUAGUAUAAACACAGCCUUGUUUGUCCUUUAUUGGGCUCUGUUUGUCUCCAAAGUAUUUUAUUAAUAAAGGUACACUUACUUACCGUCCUCAGUGACACCUUUUGGAGAAGGACAACAGUGAAUAGUUGCAUGUAGUGCUGCAAAACGGAAGCACGCAGUCGGGAUCCAACUCCCCUCCUCUGCACUGACACCGCUUUGGGGCCAGCUGGGGCCGAAGGGACACCCGGGGCGAACCCUCUGACAAUCACGGCCGCCCUCGGCACCCCCAAAGGCAGAAAACGCCUCAGGAGCUCCCCCUGCCCGCCGCCAUGGGCGGAGGGAUACCCGCGGCCGAGGGGAACGCGGCUCUGUGGAGAGCAACGCCGCUUCCCGCCGAAAGAGGGAGAGCUGCAACCUUUAGUCGGGGUUAAUAACACGCCCACGAAUCUCAAAACAAAAAGAUAACAAAAAAACAAAACCAAGGAGCUGGUGCUCCCCCUCCACGCGUCUCCUGCAACGAGCCAAAUAUCGUCGUUUUCUCCUGAAAAAUGGUGAUUAGCGCAUGCAAUUAGACGGAGUGCUGGAAGUAGAUAGGAGCUGUGCCUGACAUGCUGUAUCUUGACAGUAAAUACGCACACGCAGCUCCAACAUCCUUAGUCAUGGUUCCCAGCUUCAGGCUUUCGCCUCAGAGCGCAAAUUUCCAGGAGAGCGCUGGGGGACGACAGCUCCUGGUUGUGGUUACACAUCACCCUUUAGUAAACUUCGUGUGUUGUACAACACACCUCUUUCAGUCUGUGCUUUAAAUUGUCCAGAAUUGAAGCUAUCGCACCUUGCGACACCAAUCUUUGUAAGCCAGUAAAGCAUUGUCAUGUAAAAAUGCACGUAUUGACUCAAAAUAAAAGCU